AUGGGGGUUCAAAGGAGAACCCGGAAAUUUGGACUGGUUAAACGGGCCAUCUCUCUUCGGGAUAGCAGAUUGAAACAAAACCAGGCAAAGGAGGAAGCAAAGAGCACUAAGCCUGCCAAAGCUGAGGUGGUCCGAGAAAUACCUCAAGCUUCCUCUGCUCUUUUCUUUCAGUACAACACCGCCCUUGCGCCGCCAUACUCCGUCCUAGUCGAUACCAACUUUCUCUCACAUACCGUUCAGCAUAAACUCGAGGUCAUACCAACGAUGAUGGAUUGUCUAUAUGCGAAAUGCAUCCCCGUCAUCACAGAUUGCGUUCUGGCCGAACUGGAAAAACUGGGACAGAAAUAUCGGCUUGCUUUGAGAAUCGCCAAAGACCCAAGAUUCGAAAGAGUCAAGUGUGACCACAAAGGCACGUACGCCGACGACUGCAUCGUUGAUCGAAUCAUCAAGCAUAGGAUUUAUAUCGUUGCCACGAAUGACCGUGAUUUAAAGCGAAGAAUCAGAAAAAUCCCGGGUGUUCCAAUCAUGAGCGUUGCCAGAGCAAAAUAUGUCAUCGAAAGACUUCCAGAUGCUCCCGAGAAGUGA